AAAAUACGUAGUGAAGAUUUAUUGCAUUUAUUAUUAUGACCAAAGAAGAAGCAACAUCUCGGCUAACUAGAAGUAUAUUUCACACAAUUUAUGUGAAGUUUACACAAGCCCGUAUAAAACUAUAUGGAUGGCGUCAUUUAGGAUGGUUGGUUUUGUUAGUUGCUGCACUGAAUGUUGUUUGUAUAGGAGGCAAAAGAAGGGCAUUCGGAAUAUUUAUUGCUGCUCUACAUAAAGCCUAUAAUGACACAAGCAUGACAGAAUUGAAUUGGGUUGGUGAUAGUUAUGCUGCAGUUGGAUUCUUUUUAAUGCCUUUCGCCACAACAGCGAUAAUUCGACUGAAUCGGCCAUAUCGAUGUACCAUGCUUCUAGCAGGUUUAUUAAUUUUUAUCAGUUGUAUGACAUCGGCAGCAGUACCUAGCCCAGGUUAUCUAUUCUUGACUCAUACAGUCAUACAUGGCAUCGGCUCUACACUUAUUUUAUGCGGCACAAGUCUUGUAACAGGAGAGUAUUUUGAUAAAUCGCAUCGAUACCAUGUUUUAGCAACUGCGUUUGUUUCUGGUGGACCUUAUGGUGUACUGAUAUUUGGUCCAUUGUAUUCAAAUUUGAUACAAAGCUACGGUUGGCGAGUGGCGUUUCAAUUAAGUGGAUUACUUUUCCUUUUCGUUACAUGUUUAGCCGGAAUUAUUUUUAUUUCACGGGAUACGUUUGAAUACAACCAGACUUUAUGGGAGCUUUCUGAUACAUCUGAAGAAAGUGCCGUGAACAAAUUCUUACAAAAGGACUCUUUAUUACAGCAUAAUUCACCGAAAGCCAGUGAUGGACGUGGCUGGGCCUUUUGUUCUAUUGAACAUCUGAAAAAUAAUCCGCAAGUAUUUAUCUGGGGAUUUGAACGCUUACUUCAUAAUCUUGUAAUAUAUGGUUUACUGAUGAAUAUGACAGCUUACGUGAGUCAAGCAUUAAAUGAUCAAUUAGUAUUGGGUGCACGUGUUAACUUAUACUUUGGUAUUGGGGAAUCAGUUGUAUUUACAAUUGGUGCUUUAAUCGGUGAUCGUAUUAGAGGUUAUUUAGCAUUUGCCUAUUUUAUUGGAGCAUUAUUUGCAGCAUUGUUUCUAGUUAUUAUGCAAAAUACAUAUGAAGAUAUAAAUGUAGUCUAUGUGUUGGCUGGAUUUGCUGGUGCUACUGUCGGUGUUGGCAAUACAUUUCUAUAUGCUACGUCAGAAGAGAUAAUGAUGGUUCAUGGGUCGAUUGCAUUUCCUAUGACAAAAAUGAUUGCUGGUAUUGGUAUGCUAUUAGCACCAUUAUUCUCUGGUGCAGUUAUAGAUGGCUUUGGAUAUGGUGGAUUUUUUAUUAGUAUGGCAAUUCUGGUGUCAAUUAGAGUUAUUCUCCUGGGUUUUAUAUGUUAUAUAUUACAUCUUAAGAAAAUGUUGAUUUUAACUGGUAAAAAAGAAUAUGUGCCUACAAAUGAUAGUGAUGCGAAUCAUUGUUGUCGUAAUAUUCAUAAACCAUGCAGUGAAAAAUUUACAGAUAUGAAUAAAACUGAUAAUGUAGCAUCUGACAAUACUAAUGUAUUAUUAUAUUCGGAUUCAACAGAACAUGAUUUAGAAAAACGUAUACAAGUUUCGUCUGAAUGGUAUCAUGAAAAUGAUCACAGAAUACCAUAAAUUUAUAUACAUAAUAAAAUUGUAUAAUUCAAACACUAAAGCAUAAAGCCGCUGGAAUAAACGAAAAUUAAUCAAAACCUUUCAGAGUA